AUGGAAACCGCGGACUUCCGAGCGGUUCUCAUUCCCGUGAUCUCCCGCGCAGACGCCCACGAGCUUGCGAAGCUGCAGACCGCCUGCAGGUUCUGGCGGGAGGCGGACGUGCUGGUGCAAGGCCGCUGGAUGCAGCUUCUCCUGAGAGACUUCCUCCAGGACUGGGGUGGUGCCUCGCGCUACCGGGCCCUAGCGCAGCCGGAGUGCAGCCGCUGCAAGAGGCUCUUCUGGGCUCAGCGGCGGGGUGCCUUCCGCCGUUGUCCCUGCGUGGCAUGGCGGGAUGCGAGGCCGUCUCUCACGAUCGUGUCCUUGAACUUGGAACGCUGUGCGGACGGCAGUUUCUGCGAGUGGUCAGGCUUUUCUGCCGCCAGAGCGGCAACUACGGCGCUCUUCCAGGUGCAGUUUCGGUCCGUUCCUGAGCUCUCCGAUGCUAUCCUGGAGACGGCCGACCUCGUUUUCCUCCACACAACCGGUGCGAAAAGGGCACUGAGUGCUGCGGAGCAGGCUACGCUCUCAAGAUUUUGCCAAAGGGGUGGCACGGCCGUGCUAAACUGCUUUAGUGCCUGGACCGUCAACGGUGGAUGGGGCAAAGAGUUGGUAAAGUUUCUUGGCGUUUUUCCCGAGCCCUCCUCGAAGUUUGGCGCUGGCUACGCGGCCAAGCUGUCCACGGCUCCAGGACUGGAGGAUCUCUGCCUGGCAGGGCCCUGGGGUGCACCACACACCUACCAGUCCUGGAGCUCUAUCUUGCGGGCCAUGCGGAGCGAAGCCGUCCUCCCCAACGACGAAGCGCGAUUCUUCAUCAACCUGGGUGAGACCAACUUCAAUGCUUGGCUCCCCAUGAACUCCGGCGAAGCCAUCCCCCUGUGUAGCCUCCAGGGUGGCCAGGAGAGCCCCCUGAGCCGCCGGACGCCCCUCUGGUUCCCCAAGGUCAACGGCGCCGGCCAGGCGGCCUCAGAUGACCUAUACGAAGAUGGCAGCGCUUAG